UUUCUUCCAUUCUUUCUUUCUUUCUUGUCUUUCUUCCAUUCAUGGCGGAUGAGAUGAAAUGCGAAGAACAGAGGAGUCGUCGUCUUCGUCGUCCUCUGCAGUAGAGAUUCAUUAACAUUGUCAUCAUAAUAAAACUUGAUAUAUAAGAAAGGGAGGAAGAAGAGAAGGAGGAGGAGGAGGAAACCAAUGUCCUUCCAGAGCUUCAGGAAGGCCUAUGGGGCCCUCAAGGACUCCACCAAGGUUGGCCUUGCCAAGGUCAACAGCGAAUACAAGGAUUUGGAUAUCGCGAUCGUGAAGGCCACCAAUCACGUCGAAUGCCCUCCCAAGGAACGCCACGUUCGAAAGAUUUUUUCGGCGACAUCGGUUGUGCGUCCAAGGGCGGAUGUGGCCUACUGCAUUCAUGCACUAUCAAAGAGGUUAUCCAAGACCAAAAAUUGGAUUGUUGCAUUGAAGACAUUGAUAGUCAUCCACAGGACAUUGAGAGAGGGAGACCCAACCUUCCGAGAGGAGCUCUUGAACUACUCGAACCGAGGACACAUCCUCCAAAUAUCCUACUUCAAAGAUGACUCCAGCCCUCUCGCAUGGGACUGCUCUGCAUGGGUCCGAACUUACGCUCUCUUCCUAGAGGAGCGGCUCGAGUGUUUCAGAGUCUUGAAAUAUGAUAUUGAGACCGAACGACUGACUAAAUCAUCACCUGGGGAAUCGAAGGCACACAGUAGAACACGGCUUUUGAACGGUGAUGAGUUGUUGGAGCAGCUACCUGCAUUGCAACAGGUUCUCUACCGCCUUAUCGGUUGUCAGCCCGAAGGAGCAGCUUACAGCAAUUUUCUCAUACAGUACGCAUUAGCUCUGGUACUGAAGGAGAGCUUCAAAAUAUACUGUGCGAUAAAUGAUGGAAUCAUCAACUUAGUGGAUAUGUUUUUUGAUAUGUCGAGGCAUGAUGCUGUCAAAGCACUCAAUAUCUACAAAAGGGCGGGCCAACAGGCAGAAAAUCUAGCGGACUUUUACGAGUACUGCAAGGGCCUAGAACUCGCAAGGAACUUUCAGUUCCCAACGUUGAGACAGCCCCCUCCUUCAUUUCUCGCGACAAUGGAAGAGUACAUCAAGGAAGCUCCCCAAACUGGUUCAGUGACGAAAAGACUGGAAUAUCGAGAGGCAGAGGAACUUCCUAAAGAAGAAGAACCUCCGCAACCUCCCGAAGAAGAAAAGGAACCCGAGAAGGUCGAAGAAGAGAACGAACUCAUAAACUUGGAAGAAGAGGAAGAGGCUAAACCAGAAGAAGAGCCGGAAGCUCCACCCCUGAUAGAGGGUGAUCUUCUUGGAUUGAAUGAAGUUAACCCGAAAGCUGCAGAACUCGAAGAAAGCAAUGCCCUUGCUCUCGCAAUAGUUCCACCAGGCCAUAAUCCGACACCUUUGGGCAGUGGAUGGGAUAUUAUUUCGGGGUCGCAUACUUCGGGGUGGGAGCUUGCACUGGUCACCACUCCGACCAACAAUACCCAGCCUCCUGUCCAGAGCGAAAUUGGUUCGUACUCAUUCGCCGGUGGGUUCGACAAGCUAUUACUUGAUAGCCUAUACGAGGACGAGGCUGCAAGGAGGCAGAUACAGAUGCAGAGCGCAGGGUAUGGACCCGGUGCCACUGCAGCAGCCCAAGCGCCGAAUCCAUUUGAUCAGCCUGACCCCUUCAUGGCGUGUAAAAACAUAGCCGCCCCAUCAAAUGUGCAGAUGGCCCUAAUGGCCCAGCAGCAGCAGCAAAUGAUGUUCCAACAGCAGCAAUACGCACACGAACAACAGAAUAUGAUGAUGGUCCCAUACGGAGCCCAACAGCAACAACCGUAUUAUCAACAGUCUCCAUAUGGGUCUCAACAGUCCCCUUACGGGUCUCAACCGUUGCCCCCCCAGAUGGGCCCCUCGAACCCUUUCGGGGACCCAUUCUCGAGUUUGUCACAGCAGCGCCCCAUGCAACCGCACGAGAAUCACCAUCUGCUCUAGACUUCAUCGAUUCUUUUCGGUUGUCCUCGAGAAGUUGAGACCAAUUGGUUGAUUCUUAUUUAACUUGGUAGAUCACCGGUGCUAUUCUUUCAUUCUUUCGAUUUGUUUCCUGUAAGAAAGCACGAAUGUUUUGAUCAACUGGUAAACUCGAUGUAAGGAUUGUUUGGUUGAUUCGC